CACGCAAAUACUUCGUUGUAGCAACCAUGUCUUCCGACACUUUGACGCUUCGUGGAACCCUCAAGGGUCACGGCGACUGGAUCACCAGCCUCGCGACGACGCCUGAAGACCCCAACCUUCUCCUCUCUUCUUCUCGUGACAAGUCCGUCAUCGCUUGGCACUUGACGCACUCGUCCUCUGGCGAAGACGACUCGUAUGGUUACGCCCGUCGUGCCUUGCGUGGACAUUCUCACUUUGUUUCGGACGUUGUCAUUUCGUCCGACGGUGCCUUUGCCCUUUCUGCCAGUUGGGAUUCCGAACUCCGCUUGUGGGAUAUCGCCACUGGCAAAACCACUCGCCGCUUCGUUGGCCACGAGAAGGAUGUGCUCUCCGUCGCCUUUUCCGCUGACAACCGUCAAAUUGUUUCUGGAUCUCGCGAUGCCUCUAUCCGUCUGUGGAACACUCUGGGAGAGUGCAAGUACACCAUCAGUGGAGACUCCGAAGGCCAUUCUGAAUGGGUCUCUUGUGUUCGCUUUUCUCCUUCGCAGUCCGUGCCACUCAUUGUCUCUGCUGGAUGGGACCGUCUCGUCAAAGUGUGGAACUUGACCAACUGCAAGCUCCGCAACGACUUGGUCGGACACACCGGCUACCUCAACACGGUCUGCGUUUCGCCCGACGGUUCUCUGGCCGCAUCCGGUGGUAAAGAUAGCACUGCUAUGCUUUGGGACUUGAACGAGGGCAAGCGCCUGUACUCUCUGGAUGCUGGUGAAAUCAUCAAUGGCCUCGUGUUCUCACCCAACCGCUACUGGUUGUGCGCCGCCACGGAUGAUUCCAUCAAAAUUUGGGACCUCGAAUCCAAAAUUGUUGUGGAUACCCUCCGCCCCGAAGAAUCCGAAAGCGGCAAGAUUCCCUCCUGCACGUGCUUGGCCUGGUCCGCUGACGGAUCAACCCUCUUUGCCGGAUUCACGGACAAUGUCAUUCGUGUGUAUGCUGUCUAACUGUAAGUCGUAUACUACAAAGGAAUAGCUUAAUGUUAGCGAAACGUUAAGUAAUCUCGU